AUGAGGGAGCACCUGGGGGAGAGGAAAAGGGAGCAGCUGGGGGAGAGGGUGAGGGAGCAACUGGGGGAGAGGGGGGAGCAGCUGGGGGAGAGGGUGAGGGAGCAGCUGGGGGAGAGGAAAAGGGAGCAGCUGAGGGAGAGGGUGAGGGAGCAACUGGGGGAGAGGGGGGAGCAGCUGGGGGAGAGGGGGGAGCGGCUGGGGGAGAGGGGGGAGCGGCUGGGGGAGAGGGUGAGGGAGCAACUGGGGGAGAGAGGGAGGGAGCAGCUGAGGGAGAGGGUGAGGGAGCAACUGGGGGAGAGGGGGGAGCAGCUGGGGGAGAGGGUGAGGGAGCAGCUGGGGGAGAGGGUGAGGGAGCAUCUGGGGGAGAGAGGGAGGGAGUAG